CUCGGCUGCUACGGCGGGGGUGUUUUCCUUGGAGAUAAUCGGACAGGCAUUUGGUCUGGGCUGUCAAGAUGAGUUCGUAUUUUGCUAAUCGACGAAAACCCCGCAAAAUCGGCGGCGAUGAGGACGAAAACGACGCCGACGAGCAAGAUACCGGACCCGUCGUGAAACGCCCUCAACCCUCAAAAGUCAAGCCGAAAUCGAAAUCGCGUCUCACGUUCGGCCCCGGGGGGACUUCUAUGACGGACGAUGGGGACGAAGAAAGCGAAGUAGUCCUCCCCAAGAGGCAGGGCCUUGCCAAACGGGCCUUGGAGAAAAGCGCGCUGCAAAGGUCCCUGACCCCGUCCGGUGCAGGGGGCGUUCCUCUCAGAGUUGGACCGGAACAAGACAGACCGAGUUACAGCCAGGAUUAUCUGAAGGAGCUCCGCGAUUCCACGCCCUCUACGCCGAAACCCACGACGGAAAACGAGUCGGAGAAGACGAUCGAUGUGGCGGCGAAGUUUGGCGAGGUCAUGCAGGUUUCCACCCCUGCUGCCAUUCCCACCGACGCGGAGAUUCGGGAGAAGAAAGCCCGGCGGGCACGGUUAGCGAAAGAACAGGCCGUCGUUUCUACGGAGCAGGAUUUCAUAUCCCUGGAGGAUCACAUGGAUGAUGACGAUGAUCGAGAGGAGGCCAAGGAUACUAGAUUGAUCCGGGAUGACGAAGACUUUGCGGAAGGGUUUGACGAGUUUGUCGAGGAUGGGCGCAUCUCUCUCGGGAGGAAGGCGGAGAAAGAACAGAAGAAGAAGCAGCGCGACGCGAUGCGCGAGCUGAUCAAUGAUGCGGAAGGUAUUUCGGAGGAGGAGGAUUCGGAUUUGGAGGAGAAGGCGGCGUACGAGGCUAGCCAGACAAGAGCUGCGAUGGGCCAUGGCGACAGGGACCGCAUAGAGCGUCCGAAGACGCCGCCCAAGAUGACCUCACUUCCGCGCCUGACCAGCUGCCUCGAUCGUCUGCGUCUGAACCUGGCGGUCAUGGAGAAGUCCAAGGCGCAGAUGGUCGGCCGGAUGGAAGAACUGAGGAAGGAGAAGGCGGACAUAGCCGUCCGCGAGGUGGAGAUUCAGGCUCUCAUCAAGGAAGCUGGAGACAACUACGAGAAGCUGAAGCAGGAGGCCGGCAUCACACCGGGAUCCGAAGAGACGACCGCCGAUGAAUUCGCCAACUCGCGAGGGCUGGAGGGCCUGGGAGCCUCGGAUGGAGACUCCAACGCUCCGCGCCUCUACCGUCAUUCCGAGGCAACGCCCAUCGAGCUGUUCUUCGACCUCUUCUUCGUUGCCAACCUGUCGACCUUCACGGCGACACAUGAGAUCAACAAUGUGGAAGCUUUGUGGGCCUAUAUCGGCUUCUUGGGGAUCAUCUGGUUCACCUGGCUCCAAGUGACUCUGUUUGACAUCCGCUUUGCCCGAGACUCGAUCUUCGAGCGGAUCUGCAAGGCCCUUCAAUUGGCCGCCAUGGUUGGGUUUGCGUCGGCUGGUUCACGAUUUACCACGCGUGUCCGGGCGGAAAAUGUCUGGGCGUUCCAGUCCCUGAGUCUCAUCCUGGCCGGAAGCCGAUUUCUCCUCUCCGUCCAGUACACUGUCAACACAGUCUACCUCUGGAGACGCAUGCCCCCUGCAGCUAAAGGCGUGUCCGCAAUUGCCGCCACACACUUUGUCUCCAGUUUGAUGUACCUCUGGAUGUUUUAUGCCUUCCGUCAGCAUUCCGGGCUUAGCCCUUAUAUCUGGACCGUUUGGUUUGUCCUAUUCGGAAUUGAGAUGUGGGUGGUGAUGGGGACUUCCUGCGUUACUCCCGGGCUGGGGCUUCAAGAUACCCACCUCAAUGUCAGAAUGGGUCUCCUCACGCUGAUCAUCAUUGGCGAGGGCGUUAUUGCCGUCACUCGGAUCGUCAACAAGACAGUAGGACCUGGUGGUUGGACGAAAUGGUCGUUUGUCCAUAUCCUGGGCGUCACGACUAGUGUGUACUUCCUGUGGCAAGCGUAUUUCGAUCUCUCCCCGAGACGUGCCCUGGGAAAGUACUCGCAGCAGAUCUGGGCCCAGCUCCACUUCCCGUUCCACGUUGUCCUCAUCCUCCUCCUGGAGGGGCAUCAGAUCCUUGCUUUGAGCCUAGAUAUCACGUUGAAACUUCGGUACCUCGCAGAGACGAUCCUAUGGGCGUGUGAAGAACCACGGCCGCGACCGGAACACGCGAUCCAGGUCCUCCGAACCACCAUUGCUGACAUGGAGAUCGACUAUAGUCGAGGCGGCUUGAACGCCCAGGUGGCCAUCGCGCGGAUUUUGGAUGAUCUUCCCAAUCAUCCGUUGUGCCCCACGAAUCGGACGGGCCAAGUCCCUGUCACCCGAGACAUGCUCAGCGACCUGGUAGGGAACGUAACUGCAGCGCUGUUCUCCAGCAUGAGACUCAUGCCAUCGAAUCAAACCGACACCGGGCACCUCAGCAGCGACCAGCUCCUGCGCACGUACAUGGAACUUCUGGAGUUCGUCUACGUGUAUUAUUUCGUCGUUGCGUCCCUCGCGAUGUUCUUCUUCUGUGCUUUUGUAUACCUAGCCCACCGCCACACGCGCCGGAUAUAUGCUUCUGUCAGCGUGACGGCCCGCGGCAUCAUGGGCAUCCUCCUGGCGAGCCUGAUGAGCUGGUCUCGGCACUUUCCGCUGGUCUAUUCUUUCAUGACGUCCCCGGCUAUCCUAUACGCGUUCACCUUCAUCCUGCUGGCGGUGCUCCUGGUGGACCGGACCCUGGACUGGUACCAGAGCCGGCGCGAGUUCAGCAGUCGGUGGAGGCAAGGAAGCGUGGCCUAGGGAGACGUCGGAUAUUCUUCACCACCCUUUGUCUAUCCUUCCUGUACGGUACCAUCAUUAGAACUAGAACCCGCAGGAGACAGCCAGCGGGGGCUUGCGUCCAUCUAACCAUGAAGCCGGUUUGCAUCGGGCACCGGACGGGUUGGCACGAUCAAGGUUGGACUGCCAUUUACCGAGGCCCUCGAGGGUUCUAGCAUGCAUGAAAUGAAAAACCACGAUAUGACGUCCGAGGUGUCCGUCCACUGCGCGUAGGAUCGAGACCUCCGAUGUCCAGCCGGGGCCAAGGCGGGAACCGCCCUUCAGGGUUUCCCAACUCGGCCGUGUACAGAAGAGUAAGCCUUUGUGUUCCGCGAAGACCUCGAGCUGCAAGGUCGGGUCCAUCGGAGGAUUGACGAUGAUCGCCCACCUGUUUGGAACGCAGGCAG